AUGCCCUUCGCCCACGGGGCCGCCUGCCCCCCGUCGCGCCCGGCCACCCACCGCACCACGACCGCCAUGGGCGAGGCGCCCGAGGCGUCCCCCCAGGCCCCGCUGGCCGUCCUCUCCAAGGUGGAGCUGCGGGUGAGCUGUAAGCAUCUCCUGGACCGCGACACGCUCAACAAGUCGGACCCCUGCGUCCUGCUGCUGAUGCAGUCCCAGGGCCAGUGGACGGAGGUGGACCGCAGCGAGGUCAUCAAGAGCAACCUCAACCCCGUCUUCGCCAAGAUCUUCACGGUGGACUACUACUUCGAGGAGGUGCAGAAGCUGCGGUUCGAGGUGUACGACAGCCACGGGCACGCCGGCGUGGGCACGCACGAUGAUGACUUCCUGGGGGGCAUGGAGUGCACCGUGGGGCAGAUCGUGGCGCAGAAGCGGGUGACGAAGCCGCUGUUCCUCAAGUACGGGAAGUUCGCGGGCAAGUCCACCAUCACGCAGGUCAUCUCGGAGGAGAUCUCGGGGAACAACGGCUACGUGGAGCUCGCCUUCCGCGCCAAGAAGCUGGAUGACAAGGACCUCUUCAGCAAGUCGGAUCCCUUCCUGGAGAUCUACCGCAUCGACGACGACCGCAGCGAGCAGCUGGUGUACCGCACCGAGGUGGUGAAGAACAACCUGAGCCCCGUCUGGGAGCCCUUCAAGGUCUCCCUCAACUCGCUCUGCAGCUGCGAGGAGAAGAGGAAGCUGAGGUGCGUGGUGUGGGACUACGACUCGCGGGGCAAACACGACUUCAUCGGGGAGUUCUUCACCACCUUCGAGGAGAUGCAGAAGGCGAUGGGGGAGAACAAGGUGCAGUGGGACUGCAUGAACCCCAAGUACAAAAUCAAGAAGCGCAACUACAAGAACUCGGGGGUCGUGGUGCUGCUGGACCUGAAGAUCCACAGGGUCUACUCCUUCCUGGACUACAUCAUGGGCGGCUGCCAGAUCCACUUCACGGUGGCCAUCGACUUCACGGCCUCCAACGGGGACCCCCGAAACAGCUGCUCCCUGCACUACAUCAACCCCUACCAGCCCAACGAGUACCUCAAGGCGCUGGUCGCGGUGGGCGAGAUCUGCCAGGACUAUGACAGUGAUAAGAAAUUCUCAGCUCUGGGCUUUGGUGCAAGGAUCCCCCCCAAGUACGAGGUCUCCCACGAUUUCGCCAUCAACUUCAACCCCGACAACGAUGAGUGCGAGGGCAUCCAGGGCGUCGUAGAGUCCUACCAGAGCUGCCUGCCCAAAAUCCAGCUCUAUGGCCCCACCAACGUGGCCCCCAUCAUCUCUAAGGUGGCUCGCGUGGCAGCGGAUGAGGAGCGGACGAAGGAGGCUUCGCAAUACUUCAUCCUGCUGAUCCUGACGGACGGGGUGGUGACGGACAUGGCGGACACGCGGGAGGCCAUCGUCCGCGCCUCCUACCUGCCCAUGUCCAUCAUCAUCGUGGGGGUGGGCAACGCCGACUUCACCGACAUGCAGAUCCUGGACGGGGACGACGGCAUCCUGCGCUCCCCCAAGGGCGAGCCCGUUCUCCGCGACAUCGUCCAGUUCGUCCCCUUCCGGGAGUUCAAGAACGCGUCGCCGACGGCCCUGGCGAAGUGUGUGCUGGCGGAGGUGCCCAAGCAGGUGGUGGAGUACUACAGCUACAAGGCCUUCCCGCCCCGCUGCCCCCAGCCUGACACCCCCGACUCCAACCUCGGCUCGCCCCAGUGA